UCAAACAGCUUGUCUCCCUGUUUUUGUCAGAAUUCCAGAUCCACAUCUCCAUGGUGAUCUGGGCUCAGGUUUCUGGUUGUUUGUUUUCUGUAUGUUUCCAUGGCCACAGUUUCAUUAGAUGUUAAACUGGAUUGCAUGUUCUCAGUGGGCUCAACAUUUCAAACUGUGUCAGAAUGGUAAAAGGUGGAAAACGCUAUUCUUCUGCUGGCAAUGAUGGCAAAUGGUUUGCCCAUGCAGCUCUGCCAGAGUGUGAAACAAGAUCUCGUGAAACUUGCACAAGCACCGGGAUUAUGCUGAAUCAGGUUAAAACAUCGCUGCCUCAGGCUUUGAAUUUGGAGCGCUACCCUAAAUGGAAAUCUCAGCAGAAAUCCAGAGAUUAUCCUCUCUCUAGUCAUGACAACAAGAUUGCCUUAACAAACGACGUCACGGUCUUCUCUCAAGGGGCUGGACGGAGGAAGUGUCCAGAAGAGCGCCGACAGAACAACUCCCACUUCUGCCUGUGUCGGGUUGGAGCUGACGGCAUCCCUGAAGAGACCAGGAGAGAGCUCACCACCCACCAGGCCGACUUCACAGCCAUCACAGGCACCGACGUUCCCAACAGAACUAGGCGGUUCCCCCACAACCACAAGCUCAGGUCUGCAGAGGCAGCUAUGGCACAAGCAGAGGGGCACAACAUGUGGUUUGGAAGACACGACUCUAACGUCUCAAAGACCCUGAAUGUCGUGGCAGCAACCGAGUGCUCAUCCUCUUCUCAAUCCUAAAAUAUCUGCAUAUUUGGGACACCGAUAACUGUACACAGAACAGAGACAGUUCGUAGUGGCUCAAAUAAAGAGCAGAACUAGCCGUUUUAGGAUGAGAUUCUCUUAUUUUCAGGAAAUAUUAGCAGAACUGGAGUAAAAGGGCUGCCAAGAAGGGAUCAUUGUUCAACAACACUCAUUUACUUACUCAUUUACACUCAUUUACCAACUGAAAGUUGGUUGAUAAUCAUCCACUAGUUGUGAUAAUAUUGUGAAAUUGUGCACUUAAUGGAUUACUGAACCACAAUGAAUUAUUCUGAUGCUGAUCUCAAA